AUGAACAUGAUGUUAGUGGGGCUUCUGUUUUGGGCAAAGAAGCAUUAUCCUGAAGGAACAAAUGACUUGAUAAUCACUAAAAACCAAAACAUCCUACAAGAACACUUGGUCUUGGAUAUUAUUGAAGCUUUGGAAGUGAGAGAUUUCGAUUUUGCCAUUGAACAUCCUGACACCUUCUUUCCGCCAGCGGCAUGCGCCGAAAGUUCUCAGUCCAUCCCAAUAGCUGUGAGGAAGGGGAAGGCACAUGAGAUUACAAAAAGUGCAAGAAAUGCAAGAGGAGACUACCUGAGGAAAAAAAAAAUAAUUUAG